CACUAAAAGGUCAAAUAAUCUCAAAUCGAACGAGAAAAAAGCUUUGUGCUUCGGUCCGAUAAAAACUCGUAUUUGGCGGUCUUGUUCUGUUUAUCAAAAUUAAAAAAUGACAGAAGGGAAAUGAAAGCAAAUGCGAAACAAUCAAACCUGCAUGCCAUCACAGCAGAGAGCAUGAGCAAUCUAUUAUAACCCCUACCUGAGAGAAUCUUAGUAGAAAGCAUAGCAAACUACCUGGGAUCAAAAAGGACUCAGAAAUCGAACACGAAUACUUCUUGAAAAUAGAACGGCAAACGUUCCAAAUACCCACAACCGAAAUGAGCUUGGAUAGCUCGAUCCCGGACUUAGUGGCAAUGUGGGAGGUGUUCUUACCCGAUGGAAUUCAUAACAUCCAAUUUGAGCAUGGCACCACAUCGGGUCGAAGAGUUGUAAGAGUCGACGGACACGAGCUAGUUCGAAGGGAUUGGAUGUUCAAGCUCGUUGGAACAGAAUCGUUUCAAGUGGGCAAAACCAAUGCGAGUUGUGUGAUCCGUAUCGAACCCAUUGGUGGGUUCUCUUACCAAUACACCUUGGAUGUGAAUAGCAAGCCGUACAAAACGUUCAAAGAACAGCAAUCCAAGAUUAUGAAGACAUGGAUCCUGCCUGUGAAUGGGAGCAUGUUCCGCAUUGUGUUGGAGAAGGAUACUCUCGACAUUUGGGUGAAUGGGAAGAAGGCUGAAACAGCGGGCGAGUUCACUGAUGAAGGCACCGAAACUCAUUUUGCCAUCUCCAAUCAACCCGCCUAUAUCAAGGCAAUAAGUUCGGGCAAGCGGCGACAAGGCAUCAUCCACAAGCUAUUUGUGGAAGACUCUGAAGUCCCGGAGUUCAUAGAAGACUAACUACAUCUAUAUUAAUCACCUUGAAAUAUAUUUACAACACCGUCGAGUAUCAAAACAAGCUUAAAAAGCACAUGCACUGUGAGUCCAAAUAUUUUACUUUUGUUUCUAG